AUGAAUACAUUGUGUGUUCCUUACACUAAUGUAAUAUUGUAUACAGAUGUCGAGCCAGUGGAUGUAUACAAGGGAUGUCAUAUUGACUACCGUGGGAUCGAAGUAACCCCCGAAACGUUUGUGAAUGUUCUUCUAGGCAAUAGCUCAAGUCCAUCUUUGCACAGAAAAGUGCUCCAGAGUACAGGAAAUGACCGAGUCUCUGUUAAUUUCAUUGAUCAUGGCUCGCGUGGUAAGGUUUACUUUCCAACUAUGAAACCACUUUCAGCUUCAAAGCUCAAAGAAACAAUGGAGAUCAUGUAUGAAAAGAACAUGUACAAAGAAUUGGUGUUUUACAUGGAAGCCUGUGAGUCAGGGCCGAUGUUUUUCGGAUAG